AUGGAGCUUCGACUACGGGAAGAUCCUAGGGACAGGGAGAGAAUUAUAGAGACGUACGAACUUCUGCGCCAUGUGCAAGGCCUCCGUGGUAGUCACGCCGAAUUUCUGGCUACCAAGGACUGGGUCGAAGAGGAAAUUGGACCCGUCGAAGACACGCCUCACAACGAGUUUGACACAGCCUUGUCUUGGGCUCACAAGAAAGGUUUCCACGAAGCGGCGUUGGAUGACAUGAACUUACCCAAAUUUGAUGUCUGUGAUUCACAACAGCGACCACUUUUAUUCGCCGCCGUCGCAGACGACGAUAUGGAAGUCGGGGUUCUCGAGCAAGUUAUUCAAUACUACCAGAACCUCGAAGUCACCGACAGCAACGGAGAAACACCCCUGAUGGCGGCGGUGACAGCUGGCCACGUAACGGCUCAUUCUUCACAAAUGCCAGACAGAAGAAGUGGCCGAGGAAAUCUUUACCGCGACGUCUUCUCGGAGACCCAGCAUCGCCGCGGAAGCCAGCAGACUUCGGCGUGCUUCAACGGCACGCCUGGACAUAUCACCUGUUCAAAGCAGAGCUAG